GCAGUAUUUACAAUUAAAUUAGUAUCUGUGGACUUCAGAAUUCAGAUUAGGCUCAGCCGGAUCAAGAGCCAUCAAUCUCUCUUUCGCUCUGUGCGCGGCAAUAAUGGCAACUUCUUCUUCUUCUUCAUUAUCGUCGUCAUCAAAGAGAUUGGCGAGCAAUCUGUCAACAAUAGCAUCUCGCAUCUACUUCUUCCUAAUCAUUCUUCAGAUCCCUCUUUUCAGGGUCCCAUGUAGAUCUGGUAUGUGUACAACACCAUUGCAUGUCACAUCCUCCCAAUUGAUUGCAAGUGAGAUCUUUCCUGUUGCUGUUAUGAAGACCCUUUUGUACCCUGGGGCUGUUGCAAAUGGCCUUGUCAAGAACUUUACUGUUCCAAGCUGGAAUAACCUGUUAGACAUCUAUAACUUAACCAGUGUGAAGGAAGCUCCUGCUGUAACAGAUCUCCAACGCUUAGAGGUUCUUGCAGGAAGCUACUUCUCCGUGGCAGGAGCGCUUGUGGGUCUUCUAAGACCAGGGAGGAUGAGCAUGUUUGGGACACUUCUCGUAAUUUGGGGCCUUGUCAAGGAGGGGAUUUUAGGAAAGCCAGUAAAUACAGAUCCAACGCAAGCCGUAUAUGUCUACCCAACAAUGUUGAUUGCUCUGAUCUGUGCCUUCUCGUCUGUAAAGUAUGAUGUGAAGAAGGUUGUUAGGAGUGCUCCAGCCCGACCCGUGGCAAAGCCUCUUCAGAGCUCCUCAAAAUCUAAGCUGAAAUGAAUCGUCGAAUGCUGUACUUCGGAUUACUUUUUUGUGAACACUUUCAUGUUAAUGAGUUUAAAGUUUAAACUGGAUUCAUUUCCACCAAA